UGGGAGUUUAAAGCGAGUCUGGGAAGGUGGGGACUUUGGGAUAACUUCCAUCGUAAUUUGCAGCACGCCCAAGAGCGACCGAGUAAAGGAAGGAAAAAGCAGCGCUCUGCUGGUGCGUACUUGGAUAUACUUCGGAGGCGGGCGAAUGGCUUUAGUUUGCGAUUAGCACGACAGUCGGGAGCGGUUAAUGAACAAAAAUCAGCCAGUCAGAAAUCACACGCCGACUGAGUAGCUGGCUAGCUGGCUGCCAGGCGAUAGCAGCUUCCAGGCACGAGAAACAGGGGAUCCCGCCUUUGAGUACAGUAUGGCUCCCCGGGCACCUGUACCAGGCAUUCGGCGUUCCUGAUUGGCUGGGAGCUGGGAGGGAGCAAAAACGUGGACUGUCUGGGGUUCCCAGAGGACUGGGUUGGGAAACACUAGGUGGACGUUGUGGUGGAGUACGAUUACUGUGCCCUCCAUGACGAUGAGCUGACUCUCCACCCAGGAGAUGUCAUCAGGAAUGUCCGGAAGGUGGAGGAGGAGGGAUGGAUGGAGGGGACCCUCAAUGGGAAGACAGGCCUCUUCCCGGACAACUUUGUGAAGAUUAAGAAAGAGACCACGGAAGAAGGCAAGGAGGAACCUGUCCUGCGGAGGGACCGCGCCUCAGGCAACGUAGCCAGUCUGGUCCAACGCAUGAGCACCUAUGGCUUCCCUGCUGGCGGAUUCCAGCCACACUCGCUUCCCAGGACCUUUGUGAAGAAACGUAAGAAGAGGCAGUGCAAGGUUUUGUUUGAGUACAUUCCACAAAAUGAAGAUGAACUGGAGCUUAAGGUUGGAGACAUUAUCGACAUCAUUGAAGAGGUCGAGGAGGGCUGGUGGAGUGGAACGAUGAAUGGAAAAUCUGGCCUCUUCCCAUCAAACUUUGUGAAAGAAGUUGAAGUGACCGAAGACUCGGAGGCAAACCACUCAACAGAUGAAUCAGACGGCGCGGCGAAGGACAGCACGGCUGCCCCCUCCACCACGCCAACCUCCCAGGGCACCGGCAACGGCGUCUCCGCGCAGCCGAAGAAGGUCCGGGGCGUCGGCUUCGGGGAUAUAUUUCGUGAAGGUUCCGUGAAGCUGAAAGUUCGUCUGUCCAACUCGGACGCGGAAGAGAAGAAAGCAGAGAAACCACUGCCAUCACUGCCAUCUGCUGCAAAGCCUACACAUUUGAACAUGACAGACUCCGUUAAAGCAGAUGGAGACAGCAAAAUCAAAGUGAAAGAGUACUGCAAGGUCACAUUCCCCUUCGGUGCCACCAACGAGGAUGAGCUGAAUCUGAAGGAAGGCGACAUCAUCUGCAUCCUCAGUAAGGACACUGGAGAACCUGGCUGGUGGAAAGGCGAGAUAAAUGGCAAAGAGGGGGUCUUUCCUGACAACUUCGUGACUGUGAUUUCGGACUCUGACAAAGAGGGAGUGGUUUCCAAGGGGUCAUUUAAAUUGUCUUCUAAACAAGAUUCUGAAGAGAAACCCAAAAAGCCGCCACCACCAUCAAAAACCUUGGGCCUGAAGCCGGAGGUCCCCAGUGCUGACAAGAAGCCACUUCAACCUAAGCUGGAAGACAAAGAGAAGCCAGUGCUGGAUCUCCGACUAUCCCUCAAACCCACAGCCCCAGUGGUCCCCCCGAAGAAGCCCGCUCCUCCACCAAACAAAGCAGCAGCGGCAGCAGCGCUGCUCAAGCCCGGAUCCAUCCCCCCGAAGCGGCCCGAGAAGCCACAGCCCAGCCCUCUGGGUGCCAAGCCCAAUGGAGAGAUGCCUUCCACUCGGCCAAGGUCCGAAAUUGAAACAGUGCUACCCAGCAAGCUGAGAACUCUGUCCGGCGACUGGGGAGAAAAAGCAGUUGAUAUGGACCUUAUGAGCUUUGAUGAGCUCCCUUCUACCUCUGAAAAGCUGACCCAUCCCACCACCAGCCGACCCAAGAUGCCUGGAAGGAGGCUUCCAGCACAUUUUGGAGGAAGCUCUUCUCCAAAUAAAGAGGCAAGUGCCGAAAAACCUGCAAAGCAGGAGGAUGAAGAUUUUAAGCCAAAGGUAACAGACACAACAAAGCCAUCUCCGCUGAUUGCCUCGUCAUCUCCUGCCCAAAAACCGAGUCCGAGCAGCAGCCUCACGUCUGACCCAAAGCCCAAAGGGGACGCUGAGGACUGGGCCUCUGAGAUGGAGGAUCUCCGUGCACAGAUGAAAGAGCUCCAGCACACCGUAGAGUUUCUGAAGAACCAGCAAAAGCGUGAGCUUGACGACUUGAAAAAUGACCUUGAUGAAGAGAGGCAGAAACGACUCACCUUGCAGAUGGAGAUAGAGAAACUAAAGAAGACCGUCCAGUCUGUGUGAGACGCUUCAGACCUCUCCACACCAAUCAGCUCAUUACCUUAACAGACAGAUGAAAAUACUGUUGGCGGUUCAUUUAGUACUUUUCAAUUUAUCUGACAUUUGUAAAAAAAGAAGAAAAAAAUACGAUUACAUUUUUUGCACAUAAAGUUUUCUAGUUAAAGGUGUAAUUAAAUACAGAUGUAUAUUGUUUUUUUGUUUUGUUUUUUUUAUUUUGUUUUUGCCAACAAAUAAUCGGGGCCUUAUUUACUACUGUGCUGAAUUUGCAGUCUGCAUUCAUAAUUGAAUGUCUAAUGAUUGCUUCCAAUACUACUGAAUCUAUAUAAAGGGAUGGGGGAUUCUUAUUCUUUUUAUGGAAUACAGAUAGUUGAUUUAAAAAUUCAUUUUAUUGCUGCAAUUACUAUAUAUAAUAUAUAAGCCUCUUUAAAAGAAUAUUUAAUAAGACCUUAUUGCUUUAACAGUGACAUAUUUAGUUGCUAUGUCAAAAGGGAGAUAUUUCUCUUUUCCUAAUAUUCCUGUCCAGGUUAACAUUUUUGUGCCGGUUGAAAUUCAAGUGUUACUCUUGAGAGCUCGAUAUAUCAAAGUUUUGAGUUAUACUAUAUAUUUUUACAGUCCGGUGAUUUUCCACCUUGUUUCUUUGGAAUAUCAUGUGAAAUUCUUUCAGGAAGAGAGUGAAGUUGUAGUAUGUUCUCUAAAUCAUGUAGUCAUCAUAGCGCAGUGUUCCCCAACCCGGUCCUCGGGGUGCUCAGACAGUCCUCGUUUUCACUCCCUCCUGGACAGACCACAUUGGACUGUCUGGGAGACUCCAAGGACCGGAAUGGGAAACACUGGUAUAGCCAACAGUCAUUUGAAGAGACCUUUUCUAAAUGCAGACUUCCUUCAUAUGGGUUCCUCACUUUCUCGGAAGUGUAGGAGAACCUAGUUACCUUUUGAAAUGUUGCAUAAUUCCUGAUUGUGUUCAAAUGGCAGCAACCCAAAAUAUACCAAGUCAACAUUCCUUGGCCUUUUUUUAAUAUAUAAUUCCGACAUCCCAAUCAUAGUAUUUCAUAUUUAGUUGGUCAGAAUAGUAAGAGACGGAGGUGGCCAAUAGUGGUUUAAAUUGGCUAGGUUAGGUACUGUAUUAUUGCACAUUUGAGUGUGCAGAAACUGAAAUGGUGGAGCAUGUGGGAUGGUGUCAAUGAAACCUCAGCUCAGGCCAUAACCCUGAGAAUUCACCUCCAAAAACCAAAGAAUUGGGAGCAAGAACAAAAGAUUCCUACUUGAAGCUGGUGACUGUUCAUUGCAGUCAAUUGCAGUUUGAAAGCAUUCGGAUGCUCCUUGGUGGUCAGACAAACUAAAGUACAGAUAAAAUACAGCAUUUCCUUUCAUCCUUUCAAAGGCCAAAUGCCCGACGCACCAACCUAUGCAAGUUACUCCUAAAACUAUAUAGCACUCCAUGAUUUUAAAUGAUUUUCUCUCUGCUGUUAAAACUCAACACACCUUGUAUGUAUUUUUUUUUGUGUGUUACUGUUCUUUAAGUUUCCGGUUGUCCUGUGUUAAUUGUCAUUUUAAUUUGUAUAUUUAAUUUUCUCUCUUUUUUUUUUUCCCUUUGUUUUAGAAUACAGAAUGUUUUGUCACACAGGUACUUUAAUUGGGACCAGAAUUAUUAUUAAGAUAACUGUGCGAAUCUUUGCUCUGGGACUGUGUCUGUGAGAGAGUGUAUAUUGCGUUACAAUUAGGGCAAGUGGAUCUUCACAGCUCUGACUUUAAAAGGGCUAUAAAACAUAUUGAUCCCUGAAAGCAAUAAAGUCAUCCAGAUGUUUCGAUGUGCCCUUAGCUUCCCCCAUCGAAUGGAUUUGCUGCUAUACGCUUUGAAAAAGAAAUUCCAUUAUAAUUCCUGGGGGGUUAGAUUGCAAUUUUUAAAUUGGUGGCUCAUCUGAAAACAUUCCUUUUUAAAUUGUGAAAUUUGUUUCAUAUUUUAAGUCUUCACAAUGUUUACAUAUGCUGUAAAAUUGCAUGACUUGAGAUCGAGAUGAAUAAAUAUCAGCUUUAUUUACUUACCUUUUAA